CUUGUAGGACCACCACCCGACAGCUUGCGGGGUACUUGACGCUACUUCAGUGCUGGAUCUAUGAGCACUUCUCUAGUGUGCACCAGUGCGUGACUGACGAUACAUACCAGGAGACGUCCCCACAUGCUUCCCGGUGGUUGACGUCGAAGGCGCACAUGAAGGGCAUCACAGGAGCACCGUACAGGGCACGUUGUGAUGGUUUGACCGUCACAGAUGUGUCCUGGUUGCCGUACACUGAGCAUCGGGGGGUUAGGGCGUUUCAGGAGAUUUCAUCGUUCCAGGGUCAGCUCAGACGGGGUCCUAUGAUCGUCACAGUUCGACCGGAGAGGGUGGUACGCCAGUUUGGUUACAUCCAGAGCAUCCCUCCGCCGCCUGUUAGUGCACGAUUGUCACACGAUCAGAUAGAUGACAAGUGGAUGGAGUUUGCGGAUCACUUACUACCUGCAGGUCAGCUUUGUCUAGUGCCUGGACAGUUUGCUAACCUUCCCUAA